AUGGCGGGCGCCCCGAGGCAGACGGCGGCAGGCGGGCGGUCGAGGCACGCGCGACAGUGGAAGGCGGGCGUCCCGAGGCGGUGGCCGCUGGGCGGCACGCGACCGGGCGCGAGCAAUCGCCGCCUUCAGUCACACCGCAUUUACCGCGGGCAGUUAUUGCACGAAGAAUCUGAUUCGACUUCGAGUUCCAUCUCCUUGUUACAGUUUUCCCUCAAAAGAACGAAGAAAAAGUUAGUAGCUCCGUUGCCCGCAAAAUCGCGUGAGGCGAGCGGACCGACGCCCCCGCAAUCGGAGAGGAGAGCGCGAAGCGGCGACCGAACAUGCCCCCCCCGUCGCCGAGAUCGUCCGCGGAAGAGGCCAAACCCAAUGGAGGCGAGGGUAGCGAAGGCCACCUCGGCGACGUCCUUCACCAAGCCCCCGCCGCUGGCGCUCCCGAAGACGGCGCAGUUCUUCUUCCGGCACCUCCCGCGUCACAGCCGUGGUGGCGCCAGCGUCGUCCCCCACGAGGAGUGGGUGAGGAAGACCGCUCUGAGGGACUCCAUCCACGACGCCUACCUGCGUGCCCUCGCGCGGCUCCCUUUCAACGGCCCCCGUGGCGUGCCGACGGUGCCGUCCCUCCUGCCCGCGCUCCUAGCCGGCGGCCACUGCUUCGGGCCCCUCUCCGACGGCGCGUCCAACGUCAUCGUCAACACGGUUUGGCUCUACGCCGCCUCUCCCCCUGCCCGCUUCUCCGCCGUCGACGCCGUUGUCGAUGUCGUCGACAUCGAUGACAUCAAGCAGAGAUCCUUCCUCGGCCUCAAUCGCGUGCACCACGACGUCGAUCGGAACUACGACUACUACUACGCUGCCGCUGCUGCCGCCGGGCACCCCAACUGCGAGGCCUUCGCUGCGUUCGCGCAGUCCGGAGUUGCCACAAGCCCCGCCGUCACAGAACUGCUCGCCGGUGGCAGCAGCGCCCAUCUCUCCGCCGAGGAUGUCGAGCGACUGGCCGUACUACUCGUUCGACCCUCGGCUCCUCCACUCGACUCUUGCCAGGUGCUAGAGCCGCAGUUCCCGGCGGAGAGGGAGGAGUACAUCAGAGCCGGGCAACGAUGGAGACGGAAGCUGGCAAACAUGGCGAUUCAGCACUGGAACCGCACCAUUGGGGGGCCAGAGCUGCAGCUCCAUGUUGUUUGUGACGCCAGUGCUGACAGUCAUGGUUACCAACAUAUCAACUUCAUGGCCUCUGCAAAAGAUAAUCCGGCAGCCAUACAACUCUUCUUUGCGGAAUAUGCAAGAAAAAUGGGGGUCGUGCUUUGCUGCCCUGUCCAAGACUCUGUCUCUCUAAGCGGUCACUGCGAUCUUUGUGAGAGUCUUCAUUUAAGGCUUAUCCACCCAUCUUUUGGAGCAUACAAUUUCCGCAGUCCCCUUGAUGCUACCUCGGGUAUAAUUGACUUUGAUGUUGCAAAUCUGCUGGACAUCAAAUAUGCUCGGCACCUUUGGGGUUCGAGGCACAUGGACCGUGCUUUUUACCCUUAUGAUGAUUUUCAUUCCAGCGAUGAAUGGAGGUGUGGUUUCAUGGUAAUCCGGUAGUUCAAUUGCAAUGAGAAACUGCUUUUAUGUACCUGUAAGCACAAAAGGGCGAGUGCACAGAGACCUUCGAAGAUUGUUGUAUGUGUUGAGACCACCGUGGAAUGCAGGCAAAAAGUAUAGAUAGGAGAUGCAAGAUGUAGGAUUGCAAGGCGUGUUGGAGUAGGAGUCUACCAACCCUGGUGGGUUUAGUUGAAAAAGGGAGAAAAUGUAUUUGUACUAUGCAUGUUUUGUAUGGAUGGCCUCGUUAAAACAUGUGUGAAGAAACUUUGGA